UUUUUGUCUGUUGCCUCGCAGAAGGUUCAGUCGGGUCCCUCUCGUCGGCUGGCUUUCUGUGAGAGGAUAACUUCCACCAUAUCCUACAUUUACAGCUCAACCAGGCCGGCAAACUACUGCAACACUAUGGAUACUGGAGAUUGUCCCUACCGGAAGAAACGGAGACCGUGGCGCAUGGACUUCUCAUCCUUCGCCUUGGUAACCGUGGCGCUCGCCGUGUGCCAAACGACCGUGGUUCGAGCAGACCCAGUGGAUGUGUUGCGGGCUCUGCAGGUUCCCUCUCUCCCCGAGGGUGUAAAGAAAGUCCCUGGAUUCUGUACAUCCCGUCGCUCCGGCACCCCCGACCAUGCUUACCGCAUCACCAAGAAGGCUCAGAUCUCUGCCCCCACCAAGCAGCUCUUCUCAGGUCGAUUCCCGGAGAACUUCUCCAUCAUGGCUCUGGUUAAGGCCCAGGCUGGGCUCCAGGCCUUCCUCCUCUCCAUCUACAGUGAGCAGGGUAUCCAGCAGCUGGGCAUUGAAAUGGGACGCUCACCUGUCUUCCUGUACGAGGACCAGAACGGCAAGCCAGCCCCUGAGGACUACCCACUGUUCAGAGGCGUCAACCUGGCUGAUGGCAAGUGGCAUCGCAUCGCUAUCUCUGUUUCAAAGAAAAAUGUGACACUGUUGCUGGACUGCAAGAAGAAGAUGACCCGCCCCCUGCCCCGCGGCAACAACGCAGAGGUUGACACCAAUGGCAUCACAGUGUUCGGAGCACGUCUGCUUGAUGAGGAGGUUUUCCAGGGAGACAUCCAGCAGCUGCUGAUCGCCUCCAACCCCCAGGCUGCCUAUGACUUCUGUGAACACUACAGCCCUGACUGUGACUCCCCACUGCCCAAGACCCAGGCUCAGGACCCCAACACAUACUACUUUGAUGAGGAGCAGGAUGACCAUGAAUACCCCUAUUAUUAUGAGGAAACAACAGGCGUUCCCUCCUCCUCUGCGUUCCCCUCUCCCCAACCUGGGGCCCCCAGUCAACAGGAUGUAGAUACUGAAUAUUCCGAGGCUGGCCACACCGCUACAGAGACUGAUUAUUACUAUGAGGAGACGGUGCCAGAGGGUGAGGUGUUUGGACAAGAAGAGGUCCCCGCUCAGCCCCAGGAGGAGCCAACGUUGGUGGGAGAGGAGGUAGAUGCCACCAAGGCAGGCGGUGUGGGCGAGGAGGCUUUCACUGAGGAGUAUGUGACUGGGGACGUGGGCAUGAAGGAAUACGACUAUUCCUACAGGGACUACAAUGAGCCAAUUCUGGAGACCGGAGAGGUCGAUGCCAACAUGGGCCCUGCCCUGUCCGCUGUGACAGACGAGGGAGGCGCCGCUGUUAGAGGCCAGAAAGGAGAGAAAGGAGAUCCCGCUGUCCUGGAGCCUGGUAUGCUGAUUGAAGGACCUCCAGGACCUGAAGGACCUGCUGGUCCUACUGGUCCCCCUGGUUCCUCUGGACCUCCUGGCUCUGUUGGUGACCCUGGCGAGAGGGGCCCUCCUGGUAAGGCUGGUCUGCCCGGAGCUGACGGAGUCCCUGGACCUCCUGGAACCUCAGUCAUGCUGCCCUUCCGUUUUGGUCAGAGUGGAGGAGACAAGGGUCCAGUCGUUUCUGCACAGGAAGCCCAGGCAGCAGCCAUCUUGUCUCAGGCCAGGAUGGCUCUGAAAGGACCACCUGGACCAAUGGGAUUCACUGGACGCCCCGGACCUUUGGGAAAUCCAGGAAGCAACGGUCUGAAGGGAGAGAGUGGAGACCCCGGUCCUCAGGGCACCAGGGGACCCCAGGGUAUGAUGGGACCUCCUGGCAAAGCAGGAAGAAGAGGCCGUGCUGGAGCUGAUGGUGCCAGGGGAAUGCCAGGAGAAUCUGGAUCUAAGGGUGACCGUGGUUUUGAUGGUCUUCCUGGUUUGCCUGGUGACAAAGGACACAGAGGUGACUCAGGAGCAAUGGGACCUCCAGGAUCUCAAGGAGAGGACGGAGAGAGGGGAGAUGAUGGAGACAUCGGACCCAGGGGUCUCCCAGGUGAACCAGGACCUCGUGGUUUGCUCGGACCCAAAGGUCCUCCUGGAAUCUCUGGACCUCCUGGUGUACGUGGUAAUGACGGACCCCACGGUCCCAAAGGAAACCUGGGUCCCCAAGGAGAGCCAGGACCUCCAGGUCAGCAGGGAACCCCAGGAACUCAGGGAAUGGCAGGUCCUCAGGGAGCCAUCGGACCCCCAGGAGAGAAAGGUCCCACAGGGAAACCAGGUCUGCCAGGAAUGCCUGGAGCUGACGGCCCUCCUGGUCACCCAGGAAAGGAGGGGCCUUCUGGUACCAAAGGCAACCAGGGUCCCAACGGUCCCCAGGGAGCUAUCGGCUAUCCUGGCCCUCGUGGCAUCAAGGGAGGUCAAGGAAUCCGUGGACUGAAGGGCCACAAGGGAGAGAAGGGAGAAGAUGGUUUCCCUGGAAUUAAGGGAGACUUUGGUUCCAAGGGAGAGAGGGGUGAGCUUGGAGUGUCAGGGCCCAGAGGAGAGGACGGUCCUGAGGGGCCAAAGGGUCGCGUCGGACCCCCUGGUGAGAUCGGACCACUUGGACUGGUUGGAGAGAAGGGUAAACUUGGUGUACCUGGACUUCCUGGAUAUCCUGGAAGACAAGGACCCAAGGGAUCUCUUGGAUUCCCAGGAUUCCCUGGAUCAAACGGCGAGAAAGGAACAAGGGGUCUUGGUGGCAAAUCAGGGCCAAGAGGACAAAGAGGACCAACGGGCCCCAGAGGACAGAGAGGACCGAGGGGCUCAACUGGGAAAGCAGGAGCAAAGGGAACUUCUGGAAGUGAUGGUCCUCCUGGUCCUUCCGGAGAGAGGGGAUUGCCCGGACCUCAGGGAGCCAAUGGUUUCCCCGGACCAAAGGGACCUCCUGGACCACCAGGAAAGGACGGACUGCCUGGACACCCUGGGCAGAGAGGAGAAGUUGGUUUCCAAGGUAAAAUGGGUCCACCUGGGCCUCCUGGAGUCGUUGGACCUCAGGGUCCAUCAGGAGAGACCGGCCCCAUGGGCGAGCGUGGACACCCCGGACCCCCAGGUCCUCCUGGAGAGCAGGGACUGUCUGGCCCCUCAGGGAAGGAAGGCACCAAGGGAGACCCUGGACCUCCUGGAGGCCCCGGUAAGGAUGGCCCCCCAGGACUGAGAGGCUUCCCUGGAGAGAGAGGACUGCCUGGAACCCCUGGAGGUGGAGGACUGAAGGGAAGUGAAGGACCUGCCGGACCUCCUGGACCUGCUGGUUCUCCUGGUGAGAGGGGGCAAGCUGGUACUGCUGGACCUGUUGGACCUCCUGGCAGACCAGGCCCUCAGGGGCCUCCUGGAAAUGCUGGAGAGAAGGGAGUUCCUGGUGAGAAAGGCCCCAUUGGCCCAGCCGGUCGUGAUGGAGUGCAGGGUCCUGUGGGUCUGCCUGGCCCUGCCGGAUCACCUGGAGUACCCGGAGAGGACGGAGACAAGGGUGAGGUGGGAGAGCAUGGUCAGAAGGGUGCCAAGGGAGGUAAAGGAGAGCAUGGUCCUCCUGGUCCACCUGGCCCAAUGGGACCUGUCGGUCAGCCUGGUCCUGCUGGUGCUGAUGGAGAGCUUGGACCAAGAGGCCAGCAGGGGCCUUUUGGAGCUAAAGGUGACGAAGGAACCAGAGGAUUCCCAGGAGCCCCUGGACCCAUCGGACUGCAGGGAUUGCCAGGACCACCAGGUGAGAAGGGAGAGACAGGAGAUGGUGGACCUCUGGGUCCUCCAGGCCCUCCAGGACCCCGUGGCCCUGCUGGACCCAGCGGUGCUGACGGUCCUCAAGGUCCUCCUGGUGGUUUGGGUAAUCCUGGACCUCUUGGAGAAAAGGGUGAACCUGGUGAGGGUGGACCACCUGGAAUCGUAGGAGAGCCAGGAAAGAAGGGUCCUCGUGGAGAGCGCGGAGAGAAGGGAGAGUCUGGACAACCUGGAACUGCUGGACCUGCUGGUGGACGAGGACGACCUGGAGACGACGGACCCAAAGGAAACCCAGGUCCCGUUGGUUUCCCUGGUGAUCCCGGGCCCCCUGGUGAGCUUGGACCCAGAGGUCAAGAUGGUGCCAAGGGAGAGAGGGGAGAAGAUGGUGAAGCUGGAGAAUCUGGCUCCCCUGGACCUCCUGGUGAGAACGGACCUCCCGGCCCCCUAGGAAAGAGGGGCCCUGCUGGAACAAGAGGACCAGAGGGACGUCAGGGAGAGAAGGGAACAAAGGGAGACCCAGGUGCUGUCGGUCCCCCAGGAAAAACCGGCCCCGUCGGCCCCCAGGGCCAACCAGGAAAACCAGGAACAGAAGGUCUCAGAGGACUCCCGGGAUCAGUGGGUGAGCAAGGAUCUCCAGGAGCUUCCGGACAGAAAGGACCACCUGGACCUCUUGGACCUCCUGGUUUGCCUGGACUGCGUGGAGACCCUGGUGCCAAGGGAGAGAAGGGACAUCCAGGUCUUAUUGGUCUCAUUGGACCCCCAGGAGAGCAGGGAGAGAAGGGAGACAGAGGACUGCCUGGGCCUCAGGGAACAUCUGGAUCUAAAGGAGAGAAUGGAAUGGCUGGAGGCACCGGACCCUUCGGCCCUGCUGGUCCUCCUGGUCUGCCUGGUCCUCAAGGUAUCAAAGGAGCUAAGGGUUCUUCUGGAGGAGCUGGUCCAAAGGGAGAAAAGGGUGUGCAAGGACCUCCUGGACCUCCUGGCCCCCCAGGCGAGGUCAUUCAGCCCCUGCCCAUCCAGAGGAGCCCCAAGUCUAAGCGUUCCAUCGACGCCAGCCAGCUGCUCCCCGAGUCCGACUCUGACAUGCCUGCAUCUGACGCCACUGGCACUGAGUUCCUGAUUGGCAGCGAAGGCAUGGAGGAGAUCUUCGGCUCUCUCAACUCACUGCGACAGGAGAUCGAGACCAUGCGUUUCCCUCUGGGCACCCAGGACAGCCCUGCACGCACCUGCCAAGACCUGCACCUCAGCCAGCCAGACCUCAAAGACGGAGAGUACUGGAUUGACCCCAACCAGGGCUGCUCCAGAGAUUCCUUCAAGGUAUUCUGUAAUUUCACCAGUGGAGCAGAGACGUGCCUGUACCCCAGCAAGAGCAUCAACACGGUGAAGAUGAGCUCCUGGGACAAGGAGACUCCAGGAUCCUGGUACAGCCAGUUCACCACUGGUAGUAAGUUCUCCUAUGUGGACUCUACCGGUGAGCCUGUGGGCGUUGUCCAGCUGGGCUUCCUGCGUCUCCUGAGCGUCCAGGCCCGCCAGAACCUCACCUACCACUGCCACCGCUCAGUCGCCUGGGCCGACCGAAGCGCCAAGAACAACUACAACAGGGCGCUGCACCUCCAGGGUGCCAACGAAGAGAAGCUAAGCUACGAGACCAACCCUUACAUCAAAGCCUUGGUCGAUGGCUGCUCUUAUCGUAAGGGCUUUGACAGGACAGUCCUGGAGAUCAACACACCACAAGUGGAGCAUCUUCCUCUGCUGGAUAUCAAGGUGUCAGACUUUGGGGAGAGCAACCAGCAGUUUGGCUUUGAAGUGGGACCUGUCUGUUUCCAAGGCUAAAAACACACACAUACACGCAUCAUGCAACGAACAACACGUGAAAAUACUCACGCACACACACAUGCACUUAGAGACACACUUAUAUAUAAUAAACAUACAUGCCCAGUAAUUUGUAAAUUAACUUGUAAAUGAUAUGAAAUACACACACAAACCCACAGACACAGACACACUUACACAUGCAGAUGCUGUUGUGAGACAAACAUGCACUCACACUCAAGUACGUGCCUGGGGAAAGCAACAUCCUCCCAACAAUUAAUGGACGUCAAAAAAAAAAGUUAAGAGGAGAGAAAUCAAGAACUCGCAGAGAGGAGACCAUCGCUUGGGCGCACGAAUGCGAGAAAGGAAGAAAAAAACAGGAGAGAGUGUUCUUCGGAAUGAAACAGUGUUUUCUUUACCAACAGCGAAAGUGGCCGGCCUGAGAAAGAGGACAGGCCGGUAACUUGAAGCCUGAAGCCCCCCGUCUGUGAUUCCCCUCUCACUCUUCUCUCCUCCCCGCUGUCUCUUUUUUUCCACUCAUCUCACCUGCUCUACCUCCCCCCUCCACCUUCCAAAAAGGGUCACACUUGGACAUUAUUUCUAUCUCUUUAAUCCCACGUUUACACUGCGAGCAACGGGGUUGACAGUCACUCAUAUGACCAACAAAAGGUGCAAGAGGCUUCCAUGUAGCUGUCUGCAUCUGUGAUGUUUUGAACAGUUAAAUUAUGUGUUUUGGUUCACUGGUUUGGCAUUAAAUCAUUUUCAGAUAAAAAAAAAAUAAAGCUGUUCAGAUUUUAAGGUUUUGAAUCAAGUUUUUAUCUGUUUCUACUCAUUAACCAAAAUCAGAUCAAAUUAUAAGAGUAGACACCAAACUCUGACCGAAGAAUGGCCGCAAAUGUUCACCUGUGGCUAACAUAAACCUUUGGGCCAUCUCUGUACGGGCUAACUCAUCUGGUUGUCUGGUUCUGUAAAAAGGUAAUGGAAAGCCAGUGAUUGUCAGCCAUGUUGCUCACAUUGAAAACAGAGAGUAACUUUCAGCUUUUAUCUUAUUACGUAAAAAAGAACCAAAGAACUAAAGCCACCAGUUUUCACCCAGAAUAAAAAGAGAGAAUUAACCAAAUGAUACCAGCUGGGUCUUUUUGUCUUGUUAAAGCUGCCACCCAGUGAAUUUUCUACUCUUUGUAAAAAUGUUUGUCAUGUUCAACUUGCAGUUUUAUUAAAACACUCUAAAAAUGUGAUUCACAGCUCAAACUGAUGAUUAAAAAACGUUCUGGUGUCAUACAGUGAAGUUAAUGGAGUCCAGUGUGAUGUAGGAUUUAUUCUUUCUCAAACUGGGGAAUCUUUCCACAGCCCUGAGAGCAGCAGAAACUCUGUUUGACUUGUUGAUUUGUUAAUGUUGGACAAAACCUGCUGCAUGCAGUGAGGCAGGAUAGAAGAUCCUAGAUCAGUGAAUUUAAAAGCCAUUAUUUUUUUGUAAACUGUGCUGAACUUGAAGCUCUUGUACUUGCAUGUUGGUGCCUUCUUCUUCUUUAGAUCAUGGAUCAGAGUCGCUAUCAUACACCAGUCCGGCAUUUGCUGAGUCACAUUCUGGGUACUUUGAUUAUUGUUUUCCACCCAGACUAAGUUUUCUGAUUAUGCAUCUGAGUGCAGAACAUCAUCAGGGUUUAAAUAUGUAUAUGAGAUUCAAAGUUCCCUCCUUUUUUAUACAGCAGUGAAUAAAAUGCAUGCUUUACUGAAAGAAACUGUGUGGCAAGGUGCUAAUUAUACCAAAGUAUAAAAGUUUUAGUAUUCAUUUUGAGUCCUUCAUUUUCUUUAGUCUCUUUAACAAUUUCAUGAAGCUUUUUACUGGGGAAAAUGUGCAUUACAUUCCAUUUGUACAGAAAUAGUGAUAUUCUAUUGUAUUUAUUUAAAAUAAACAGGGUGCUUUGAGAUUAAAAAUACACUAACCACCAAAUAUUCCAGUCAAAUGUGGUAUAUUUCAUUUGUAUUUAUUUCCUGUAGCUGACACUUGAAGGUCAAGUGAAGCGAGUGACUCUCAUGUUAAACUCACUGCCAGCCUGAGUUAUGGUGCUUCUGUUCACACCCUGUCCAAACUCAUUUGUAGAACCAAAGAAUCUGUGGCCAUAUUUUUUUGUAAUAUCCCUUUUUAGUAUUUUCAACAACUGUACUGUGCUGUUAAAUUUUGCUUCCUCUGUAAUGAUUAAAUGGUGACUCUCCAGUUCUGUCACAUUUCCUUGUCGUUGCUACUGUUUGACUUGGUCUGUGUUGGUUUCGGGCUCAGAUUCUUGCUUCACUGGGCUUUGAAAUGCAUCACAGAAAUACAGUGUGAGCCUCUAUAUUGAUCUACUUUGAGGUGCUAUAAAUACGGACAUACAGUCCUCUUAUCUUUUACAUUUCUAUCUGAGACUACAGUGAGUAGGAGAAAGGUUGUGAGAGGGAGGAGACAGCUCUGUAAGCCACCUUGGGACUAAAAGUGAUUAAUACGGUUAUUGUUUGUAAGUAUAACGUGGCUAUGGGGUGAUAUCAUACAAGGGUUCUGGUUUUAUUUGUUUGUUUUUUUAUUUGCUUGACUUUUUCUUGUCACUAUAGCAGGGAAGUGGGGCGGAGUGGCCAAAACCAAAACAUUUAUAAAUCUGACCAUAAGAUUCUCCACAGAGAAUGACCUCAAGCAUUUGUUUUUAUUGUGUUGAAGACGAAUGUUUCAACAUAAAUAACAUGGUGCUGAAAAGAGAAAAAAAGUAUUAUUUUAUAAUGUGUGUAAGUAAUU